AUGAAGGAAAAUAUUAAGUUUAUCUAUUUCAUCAAAAUUUUUAUGUAUAGCCUUUUAAUUUGGGCGUUUCAUUUUUACAGUGACAAGAGCAGUUUUAACAAAAUUUUGUGUGAGAAAUAUGGCUCUGGUAAAAAAUUGUAUGAACGAAUUUAUCGAUUAUUAGAAAAAGGUGAUAAGGGUAUUUUUUCAAAUGUUGGAGAUUUAGAAUUAAAGAUACCAUAUAAUAAAAAGAAAAAGAACAAACAUUUAUUUACAAUUGAAAAUGAAAAACGGGAUGAAGAAAAAAAAGAAAAAUUAUAUAGAAGUGCAUUAAUUAAGGAAAAAUUAAUUAAGAGACUUAUGAAAAAUAAAUGUACAAUGUUACAUAAAUCAUAUAAUCAUUAUGAAAAAAAAAUAAUGAAUGGACUUGAUGAUAAAGACUUUUUUAGAAAAAUAAUGUUAAUUAAUGAUAAGGAUUAUAAAAGGUUAAAACGUAAAAAAUACAGAUUACGACUUUGUAUACUUUUAUUACUGUUCUUGUCACUAUUAAUAAUACCUAUAUUAGAUUUAUCUAUUGAUAACAUAUUGAUGGCAUUAUUUACGUUAUUAGAUAAAGGUACGUCAGCUGGUCAGGGGGCUUCGAGUGCACUCCCUGGAGCUACACCGAACACUUCAUGGUCCAUUUAUUUUUCGAAUAAUCCUUCAGCAUUAUACAAAGCCCAAAGUAUUCUAAUGCAUUGUGUACCUAUCAUAUUAAUGGGUCUUAUACUUAUAAUAGGAAUUUUUUAUUGUUACAAAAAUGUUAUAAAACAUAAAAAAAUUAAGUACUUGGAAGCAUUCAAUGAAUGGUAA